AUGAUAAAAUGCUUUAGCAAGAAGAAGGAUUCCAAUAACCGAAAGUCCAAGAAGCAUAAGAAGAAGAAGAGUGCGAAGACUGACAGUGGUACAGAACAAGUACAUGACACUAUGAGUACUUUCACAUUAGAGCAAAAUUUUCAAACUCUCGCUGGAUUUCCAGAUUCAACCAAUAAGGCCGGUAAGCAGGUUCUUGCUCCUCCACGCAAAAAUGGAAUGGCAGGCGUCAAUGACCCAAAUUAUCAAACUCUUAACAUUUGCCAACCCGACGUUUUCAAAAGAGGUGCUGAGCGACCGCAGCCUGCUGCCGGUGGUGUGGCGGGAGCCCAUGAUCCAAACUAUCAGACCAUGGCAGCAAUCGCUGGAAAUGUUUUCGAAGAGAAAAGAGGAGGAAUGGGUGGAGGAAUGCCAGCUGCUGGUAAACAAGGAGUAGCUGCAGCACAAGACCCUAACUACCAAACAUUGAAUGUUGUUCGGGGUGAUAUGUUUGGACAAGACAAGAAUGUAAUGGGUGGAGGGAACUUCGGUGGCGGUGCUACUAAAAAUCCUCAGAAUCAAGGUGCAAAAGCGGAUGCAAUGGAUCCAAACUACAUGACAAUGGCGAAUGUGAAAAACGAUGUUUUCGAGAGAAAAGCUCCGAAUCGAGGUGUAGAUAACGGUCGUGGCAACGCAGGAUUGAAAUCACCCAAUGUGGGAGGAAAAGCUGAAUCUAUGGACCCAAAUUAUAUGACAAUGGCAAAUGUGAAAGAUGAUGUAUUCGAGAAAAAAGCUGUUGGUGGUAACAAGCCUACUGUUGGUGCACCUAAGCUUCCGUUGACGGGGGGUAAGGUGGCAGCAAUGGAUCCAAACUAUCAAACAUUAGCGGGAAUAAACGAUGAUGUAUUUGCGAAGAAAACUCCGAAAGGUCCAACAGUUCCGGCUAAUAAGAACCAUGCUGGAGCUUUCGAUCCAAACUAUCAAACUAUGGCAAAUAUUGGAAACAAUGUGUUCGGCAGAUAA